AUGGUGCACUUAAUACUUCUCUCACUCUUUUGCAUUCUUUCAUAUAGUGCAGCUCAAAAUUCUACCGUACUAUAUUCAGUAUACCCGUGGUUACGACUACCGCCAACUCCUCAAUUUUCUUCUCCUCUGUCCGGUCAAAAUGUUCAGAUCAAUGAUAUUAUUGUAUGGUACUCCAUCUAUGGUCCGAAGAAUGGUAUUCCUGUUCUCUUUCUUCAUGGUGGUUUUUCUCAUAGUGAUUAUUGGGCAUUACAAGUUGAACAACUUAAAUCAUCUUAUCAAUGUAUACUUAUGGACUCUCGAGGACACGGUAGAAGUACAAUGUCAUCUGCCAAUAUUACAUAUGAUUUGAUGACAUCUGAUGUUGUUGCUUUGUUGGAUCAUCUUGGCAUUCAACGAACACAUCUAGUUGGCUGGAGUGAUGGAGCGAUUAUCGGUCUCAAUUUAGCAAUGAAAUACCCAGAUAAACUGAGUUCAUUAUUUGCAUUUGCCGCAAAUUAUAUUCCUUCUGGUACGAAAGAUGUUUUUGCUUCACCUGUUUUUACAACAUUUCUUGACCGAACUCAAGCUGAGUACGAAACAAUAAAUCCGAUGAAGAAUUAUUCAAAUUUAUACAAUAAUUUAACAACAAUGUGGGCUACUCUUCCAAACUGGACUCAACAAGAUUUUGCAAAAAUUAAGACAAAUUUGCCUGUUUGGAUAGUUGAUGGUGAUCAUGAAGAAGCUAUCUUUCAAGAUCAGCCGGAUACGAUGACCAGUUGGAUUUCACAAGCAGGAGAACUAAUUUUGCCAAGAACGAGUCAUUUUGCAUUCAUACAGGAUCCUGAACUUUUUACUGCAUCUGUGGCAAGAUUUUUGACAGAGGCAGCUUGUUUUGAAUAGACGUUUGAUAUGGAACGUUUUUCUCAUUCAAAGUUAACUUCAAAUAAUUUUGUUUUGUAUAUGUUUUGGGGUUCAGACUUUACUCUUUCAACUGGAAAAGAAUGA